UCUCCGUCCCGACUCGAAAAAGCAGCCCCCUGCCCCCGGAUUGCACUAGCAUCGACGGCUUUUGACUAGUAGUCGAGGCUUACACAGCCCAAGAGCCAGCCCAGACUGGUGCGCCUCGGGAGGCAGCCUCUACAGCUUCCACAGGCCGGCAAUAGCAUCUCAAUAGCAAUGAAGACGCUGCCCGCGUACGCCGAGAAGCCCGAGCUGGCAGAACUGUUGGACAAAGUACCGCUCCUGCCGGCGGAGAAAGCCGCAGAGCCGCAGACGACAUGCGUGACCGGAGCCACGUCCACCAUCGGUGCCCACGUGGUGCGGAGGCUGCUGCGCGCCGGCCACACGGUCCACGCGCCCGUGCGCGGCUCGGAGACGACGGCCGACGUCGCUUAUUUGAAGGCCAUGCCCGGCGCCGAGCGGCUCAAGCUGUUCUACGGCGUCGAUCUACUAGUCGAGGGGUCCUACGACGCAGCAAUGGUCGGCUGCGCGUCGGUGAUCCACGUGGCGAGUCCUUUCUACCUCACGGGCUCGAAAAAGAAUCUGAAAAACAAGUUGAUCGAUCCGGCAAUCAAGGGGACCGAGAACGUACUCAAUAGCUGUAGCCGGACGCCGACCGUCAAGCGCGUCAUAUGUACUGGCACGGUACUCGUGGCGUGUUGCGACUUUCGGCCUUCGAUCGAGGACAAAGGCUGGACCGUGAACAACGACAUGUGGUACGGCGACUGCUCGCCCACCGAUUUUCCAUAUGUCUACAGCAAGCGCGCUGCCGAGAAGCGGUCGUUAGAGAUAGCCGCGGCGCAGUCGCAAUGGACGCUCACCACGCUCCUGGUAGGCGGGUGCUUCGGCCCCAUGUGCGCGCCCAACGGCCAGGGCGUCGUGCCCAUGUUUCAGAAGUACAUCCGGGGUGGCCUAUUCUGGCCGGCGUGCCCACCGAUGGGAUUCCCCGUCCACGAUAUCCGUGACGUAGCGGUGAUGCAUUCCCUGGCGAUGACGAGCGACGUCACGGGGAGGUACAUCACGCCCCAGAAAUGGGGCACGUUCAAGGCCUGCUGCGACGGGUUAAAGUCGGACUCGCGCACGUCCAAGUGUAUGUUACCGUUCUUCACGUUGCCGUCGUGCUUCAAGCCGGUCUUCGCCUGCGUGGGCCCCAUGCUCGGAAUCGACAAAUCCAUGCCGCGGCGCAUGUGGGGUGCUUCGCCGAAGAUAGAUUACGGGAAGACCACCAACGACUUCGCCCUGGAGGGGUUCACGCCGAUCGGGAUCCCAGAGAUGAUGGUCGACACCGAACUAUCCUUCCAGCUGCACAAGAUCCCGCUGGUGCUAGCGUCGCUGAAGCGCUACAAGUGAGUUGCACACUGCUACCCGGCUGGCUCCAUACUUCCGAUCGCUCGUAUAUACAUAGGCUAACCUCAGUUGUUAUUUAUAAU